AUGACCACGUUCGUUCCGGCGUCGCCAAAAUCAUGCGAAGAUUGUGAUUUUGACAGAGUGAUCCGAAAAGUAGACGAGCUUAUUCAUUCGUCAAAAGAAAUUCUCUCAAUUCUUGCCCCCAAAAAGAUUGAAGAGGUUCUCAACGCAAAAACUUUUGAGGAACUCAUUAUCCUUGUCUAUCCUCUCUUCUUUGAUUUGUAUAGAAAUCCGUCUCUCUCAAUUUUGUACAAGCAAAAACUCUAUGACUUUUUUAUAAGAAUCACAAACCGCAUCAAUAUGUUCUUCAGUUCUAAUGAAGUUGGCGAUGAAGCAAAUUGCUGUGAGUUUCUCUUCAACUUACAGAAGAUGGACACGUCACGUAAGAUGAGUAUCGAUCACAUGUUAGAUCCGCUUUGUUUUAAUACUCAAGCUGCUUUGAUCAAGAAGGAGAAGUUGAAGAACUUAAUGAGCUCUGCCAAUUCAUAUCAAACUCAAGCCGUAUAUAUGCUUCUUGCUGAAAGAAUCAAUGGGUGGAAUUUCGAGGUUAAUAUCGACACUUUACCUCUCUCUGUUGUCAACGAAAUGCUCGAUAUCUUCGACAACACUUCCUUUGUGUGUUAA